ACUUAACUACACAACCAAAGAAUAAGCAGUACUUAAAUAUUGUACCUUUCUCUGUCACAAGUUAAUUUAUUAUUUCAACUCUCAAAUAUUGAUAAUCUCAAAGUUAGAGGAUUGACUAACAAAAUAAACACUGUUACAAAUUUGUUCUACCCUUAAUAAAUACUUACAACAAAGAUCCAUAGGCUUUCAGUUUUGCAAUUACAAUGAGGAAAGUUGAGUCAAGUGGUUCAUAUUUCGCUCUUCUUCUUCUUCUUCUAGUUGUUUCCCACACGGGGGCAACAGCAGCAGCAGGCUUGUUCAUCUUUGGAGACUCCACAGUGGAUGCUGGAAACAACAACUAUAUUCAGACAAUUCCUGAGAACAGAGCCAAUUUUAAACCAUAUGCCCAGAAUGGUUUCUUCCACGAACCCACUGGUCGCUUCUCCGAUGGUCGUAUCAUCGUUGAUUUCAUAGCUGAAUAUGCAAAGUUGCCACUAAUUCCUCCAUACCUGCAACCGAAUGCUGAUUUCAGCAAUGGAGUCAACUUUGCUUCCGGAGGUGCUGGAGUUCUUUCUACCACUCAUCCUGGUUUGGUUAUUGAUCUUGAGAGACAACUAAAGCACUUUGAAGAAGUGCGCAAAUCGCUAACGGAAAAAAUGGGAGCAGCCAAAGCAGAGGAACUCGUAUCAGAAGCAGUUUACUUCAUCAGUAUCGGGAGUAACGAUUACAUGGGGGGUUACUUUGGUAAUGAAAUGAUGCAGCAAUUGCAUGGUCCUGAAGAAUAUUUAGGGAUGGUCGUUGGAAACUUGACUCAGGCAAUUCAAGAAUUGUAUGAGAAAGGGGCCAGAAAAUUUGGUUUCCUAAGCUUGUCACCAUUGGGAUGCUUGCCAGCUCUUAGAGCACUCAAUCCAAAUGAAGCUGUUGGAGGUUGCUUCCAAGCUGCUUCUGAUCUUGCAUUGGCUCAUAACAAUGCUCUCACAAUUGUCCUCACUAGCCUUCAACAUAUACUGCAAGGCUUUAAUUAUUGCAACUCCAACUUCUACGAUUGGCUUCUUCAGAGAGUUAACAAUCCCUCAAAGUAUGGUUUCAAGGAAGGAAUGAAUGCUUGUUGUGGAGCAGGGCCUUAUGGAGGUAUAAAUGCAUGUGGUGGAACCAAAAAGGCUACUGAUUAUCAUCUAUGCGACAACGCCAAAGACUAUAUAUGGUUUGAUUCUUUUCACCCAACAGAGGGCAUACAUGAACAAUUUGCAAAAGCUCUCUGGGAUGGACCAUCCUCCUCUGUAGGACCUUACACUCUUCAGAACCUAUUCUUUAGUAAAGAGAAACAAACUAUAGCUGACCUUGUUGAUAUAUAAUUCAGACGAUCAGCUGCACAACUUUUAAUAGUUUGCCUUCUUUA